AUGGCAUUGUCACGCCUGCCCACCGAAUUAAUCGAGCACAUAACCACGUACCUCGAUCUCCCAUCCAGUCGUUCACUCCGCCUCACCAGUCCAUCUCUGAGCAAACAAACCUUCCAUGUAUUCAAAGAUCGUUUCUUCCGCCAACACACCCUACAAUGGACUGAGGCCGCCUUUUCUAGAUUACUAGAAAUAACAUCGCAUCCGCAUUUCGGCAACGCCAUCCAGCACCUCAUCGUAGACGCCACACCUCGCCACUCAAUCCACCUUUGGCAAGCACAAAUACGGAUCGCAGAAAAACAAGGUAUUGCUACGCCAUACGGUACCGCAUCAGCUACCCGCGAUCUCGAAAUCCAAUAUAUCGCCGAUUACACAGUGUCAGAGGAAGUAGCCAAGUUCUUCAGCGAAACGAGAUUCGAUCGCAAGAGCCUGGUGACUAUUUUCGAGAGACUUGAGCAACUGGAUUCUAUCACAUUUGCAUACGAUGGCAUGCACGAGAAAUACGCAAAGUUCUGUACUCGGUAUUGCAAGAGCAGCCAGCAGGAAAUGUCGCGGCCAUUCGUCUCGACAAUGUCUGCGAUCGCGGAAUCGAAAUUGCAAGUCCGACGUAUUCAGGUAGACAGCGACAGAUCCUUCGGCGCAGUCAGCAUCGGAAAGCUGGAAACUCUGGCCCCUUCGCUCCGUCAUUUCGACUACGCCUUUGAGAAGCUGGAUACGUUACAACUGCAUCUUCGCGAUCUGCGCUCUUCGGUCUCUGGCUUCGAGAUAGACACCAUCCGCGCGCCAUUCGUGGUACGCUUCCUAGCCAAGGCACGGAAUGUACGAAGACUUGAACUGAGCUGCUACAGCAUCUUGGAAAUGGAUGUAUUUGGGGAAAUGGCACGGCAUUGUCACUUCGAAAAGUUGGAACAGUGUAAAUUGUCCGUCAUGAGGAUCAUGAAUGGCGAUGACCUGCUCACGCUCUUGAAGCCGGCAGAGAACACACUGAGAUCGCUGAGUCUGAGGUACAUCAUGAAUUCGGAUCCCUACAACACAUGGUGGCAUAUUCUGAGCCGUGUUGCUAAAGAGGAGGAUGUGUUGCCGCGGGUAGAUCAUCUACAUUUAGGGUGUUUGAUUUCAGAUUCUAGGCGCAGGGUGUGGAUGAAUGAACUGCAGGUGCAGAGCUUUACUGGGGAUGAUUGGCGAGAGCGUCUUUCUGAUGCUCUUGGUCAGUACAAGACAAAAGCAGCAGAUUCGUCAUGGAGUCUGGGCGCUCUUGCAUAUCCGUUUGUUGGGUUGAGCGUGUGA